GCCAGUUGUCCGCCAGCUCGAGCCCUAGAGGACGCAGCGACUGCUCCGCCGUCUGGUAGCACUCGGAGGAGUCUCGUCGACGUGAGUGCGAACACUUUCUAUCCGUAUUAUCUGACAAUGUGGACCCAGUUGCGCAGUACUUUGCUGGCAAAAGCAGUCCGGAGAAAACUUGUCAUUCGGUACAGCUGAGCUGGCUCCUCGUUCGCCUUGUCCCCAGGCAGCCGUCGUUUGCUCCAGCUUUCACUGAGCCAGUAUGGCUACGCAAGCGUUUCAGACCUACCUGCGGACGAGACCACGCUUUGCCGCUGCUUUCCCCGCUGAGGAUGUCGUCCCCGCACCCCCUUCAUAUCCUCUCUCAGAACAGGAUCUGCGUCGUCUCAGAUACCAGCGCAACAUCGGAGUGUCUGCGCAUAUUGACUCUGGCAAGACGACAUUGACCGAGCGGAUACUGUACUACACUGGACGUAUUCGGGAGAUUCACGAAGUCCGAGGUCGAGACAACGUCGGUGCGAAGAUGGACAGUAUGGAGCUAGAGAGGGAGAAGGGUAUCACCAUUCAAAGUGCGGCGACUUUCUGUGACUGGGUUGCUACCAUGCCGGCGACUGGUGAGCAAGAGGAGUACGCUAUCAACAUCAUUGAUACUCCAGGCCACGUCGACUUCACUAUUGAGGUUGAGCGGGCGCUGCGUGUCCUGGACGGCGCAAUCCUGGUCUUGUGUGCAGUCUCCGGUGUACAGAGUCAAACAACCACGGUCGAUCGGCAAAUGCGGCGGUAUAACGUUCCUCGGAUUUCGUUCAUCAACAAGAUGGACAGACCUGGUGCAAACCCGUGGCGUGUCAUUGAGCAGAUUCGGACCAAGCUGCGCAUAUCCGCGGCAGCUCUGCAGGUUCCCAUCGGUGUGGAAGACGAGCUCAAGGGCGUCGUCGACCUCGUGCGCUGGAAGGCCGUCUACAACGAGGGCGUAAAGGGCAACAACGUUGUGAUCUCAGACGAGAUCCCGGACUCCGUCAUCGACUUUGCCAAGCAGAAGCGUCGUGAGCUCAUCGAGCAGUUGGCAGAUGUUGACGAGGAAAUGGGCGAGAUGAUCAUCAUGGACGAGGAGCCCAACACGCAACAGCUCGCGGAGGCUAUCCGCCGUGCGACCGUUGGCCUCAAGUUCUCGCCGGUCUUCAUGGGUUCUGCGGUCAAGAACACUGCGGUACAGCCACUGCUCGAUGGUGUCUGCGCGUAUCUCCCCACACCUGAGGAAGCUGGAGCUGUCGCGCAUGACACCUCACUGCCCGUCGAUGCUCCAAUGGUACCUCUUGUCCCUGCUGCUCAGGCACCACUUGUUGCGCUCGCGUUCAAGCUCGAGGAAGGCCGCUUCGGCCAACUCACGUACAUGCGUGUCUACCAAGGGAGCUUGCGUAAGGGCCAGUUCAUCUUCCAUGCGCGCUCGGGCAAGAGGGUCAAGGUUCCGCGUCUCGUACGCAUGCACAGUAACGAGAUGGAGGACAUUGAGGCGAUCGGGCCAGGCGAAAUUUGCGCCAUGUUCGGUGUCGAUUGUGCUUCCGGUGACACCUUCACUGACGGUUCGACGUCAUAUUCGAUGAUGUCGAUGUUCGUGCCUGAACCUGUCAUCUCGCUGUCUCUCAAGCCCAAGGGUCAAGAAACGCCCAACUUCUCUCGUGCCCUGAAUCGGUUCCAGAAGGAAGAUCCGACCUUCCGUGUGCAUGUCGACGGGGAGAGCAAGGAGACGAUCAUCUCCGGCAUGGGUGAGCUGCACCUCGAGAUCUACGUUGAGCGCAUGAGACGCGAGUACAACGUCGACUGCGUCACCGGCAAGCCGCGCGUCGCGUUCCGCGAGACGAUCACGGAGCGCGCCAACUUCUUCUACACGCACAAGAAGCAGACAGGUGGUGCCGGUCAGUACGGGCGUGUCAUUGGCUUCGUCGAGCCGAUGCAAGCAGACCCGGAAACGGGCAAGGACGUUGAGUUCGUGAACCAGGUCAUGGGCGGAAACAUCCCAACCAGCUACAUCCCGGCUUGCGAGAAGGGUUUCUACGAGGCACUCGAGAAGGGCACGCUAUCUGGGAACCCAAUCUGCGGCGCCCGGCUCGUCCUGCAGGACGGUCUAGCGCACUCGGUCGAUUCGUCUGAGCUUGCUUUCCGGCUGGCAGUUAUCGGCGCUUUCCGUGAGAACUACAGGAAGAUGAAUCCUAUCAUCCUCGAGCCCGUUAUGAAGGUUGAGGUCGUCUCACCUGCCGAGUUCCAGAGUGCGGUCAUCGGUGGUUUGACUGCGCGUCGCGGGACGAUCACAGACAGUGAGGUCCGGGAGGAAGAAUUCACGUGUACGGCUGAGGUCGCGCUGAACGAUAUGUUCGGCUACUCUAACCACCUCCGUGGCAACCACAUGCCUGUCAUGCCUCAAGUACAGAAGGAGCUGGAAGAGGCGUACAAGAAGAGCCUGCCUCAGGCGAAAAAGUAGACGUUAUGGUAUCAUUGUACAGCAUCUAAUCUUGGUCUUUGCUUUCGACGUCAUCAUGGCCACUAAGACGUAUCCCACACUGUGCUAUAACAUAUCAUUCAUCCUAGCUUUCAUCAAUGAUCAGACGUUACAUCACCC